UUCGCGGAGGCUGGACUACCUCUUCUGGCGGACCAGCUCUGCGGACACGAUGUUGGUGGCGGCGGCGGCGGACAGGAACAAGGAGCCCAUCUUGCGUGUGCUGCAGCAGUACGUGGACCCGGCCCAGCGUGGCGUCCGUGUGCUUGAGGUGGCCUCGGGCUCCGGCCAGCACGCAGCACACUUUGCGCGGGCCUUCCCCCACGCGGAGUGGCAGCCGUCUGACGUGGACCAGCGCUGCCUGGACAGCAUCUCGGCCACCACUCAGGCCCAGGGGCUGUCCAACGUGAAGGCCCCGUUGUACCUGGACGUGACCUGGGAUUGGGAGCAAUGGGGCGGGAUCCUGCCGCAGUCGCUGGACCUGCUGCUCUGCAUCAACAUGAUCCACAUCAGCCCCCUGAACUGCACCGAGGGGCUCUUCAGAGCAGCAGGACACUUGCUCAAACCCAAGGCACUGCUCAUCACCUAUGGGAGCCCUGUCCUUCUGUCUCCACAGCCCUAUGCUAUCAAUGGGAAGAUCUCUCCCCAGAGUAAUGUGGACUUUGACCUGACCCUCAGAUGCAGGAACCCAGACUGGGGGCUGCGGGACACAGCCCUCUUGGAAGACCUGGGUCAGGCCAGCGGUCUGCUCCUGGAGAGGAUGGUGGACAUGCCAGCCAACAACAAGUGCCUGAUUUUCCGGAAAAAGUAACUCCUCCUUCUCCCGAAUGCCUGUGACCCCAACGAGGCCCCUUCUGGGACAAACCCAGAUAGUCAACCCUCUCCUUCCCUGGGUCAGGCCAUGGAGACUGGCCUUGUCUAGUCUGGGGGCUCCUGGCCAGUGGUCAGGGGGCUGCUGAGGGUGUGGGAAUAAAGUGUUUCCUGCUGUCCUA